GGUUGAUUGUGUCCUUUUGUCCAACAUUCAACUUUUUAAUUUCUGAGAAGACCGACUGAUCCUCGCCAUUCGAACUUCGCGGAAACGAUAAACUACCAAACAAUCGCAAGCAUGUUGGAAGCACGUCUUGAACAGGCGGCGAUGCUGAAGAAGGUCGUGGAUGCCAUCAAAGACCUCGUCCAAGACUGUAACUUCGACUGCAAUGACUCCGGCAUCGCCUUGCAGGCAAUGGACAACUCCCACGUGGCCCUCGUCUCCAUGAUGCUCAAGGCAGAGAUGUUCUCCCCUUACCGAUGCGACCGCAACAUCGCCUUGGGCAUCAACCUCAACUCCCUGACCAAAGUCAUUCGCGCCGCACAGAACGAAGACAUCCUUACCAUCAAGGCUGAAGACUCUCCGGACGUCGUGAACCUCGUCUUCGAGAGCAGCGACACGGAUCGCAUCAGCGAAUACGACAUCAAGCUGAUGGACAUUGACCAAGAGCAUCUGGGGAUUCCCGACACGGAGUAUUCAGCCACAAUUGAGAUGCCGAGCGCUGAAUUCCAGCGCAUUUGCCGCGAUUUGAUCGCCAUGUCCGAGUCCGUGUCGAUCGAGGCAAGCAAGGAUGGCGUUCGCUUUUCCUGUCAAGGCGACAUCGGCAGCGGCAGCGUCACCAUCCGACAGAACUCGUCCGUGGACAAGCCGGAUCAGGAGGUGAAGAUUGCUCUCAGCGAACCUGUCUCUCUGACAUUUUCGCUCAAAUACCUGGUCAAUUUCUGCAAAGCAAGCAGUCUUUCGACGAAGGUCAAGCUCUGCCUCUCCCAGGAGGUGCCUCUUUUGGUGGAAUACAACUUGUCGGGAAGCAGCUAUUUGCGGUUCUACCUAGCUCCAAAGAUUGGUGAUGAUGAGUGAACAAGGAAUGCUCAGGACGACCAUGGCAAAUGCAUGUACGGAGCCACAGAUUUACGAUGACGUGAUGCGGUCAAUGAGGGUAGUGGUGGCUGUUACAGAUGCCGCAGAUGAUCAACGACAAUCCCGGCUGGUGUUUCGAGUGUUAUUUACGAGCAGGAUGUACGAUGAGCUGGCCGCCUCCCUCUCGAAAGACACAGUCCUCCCAAUUCCAAACUCAGAUGAUCUUCUCAUGUGAUGAUUUCGUGGUUCUAGACCGUGUCUGGUCCUACGGUUGUUGGAAGUGUGACUCCUUUUUGUCAGAUCCAGACCCCUCGCCGUCUAAUCCGACGGCUUCCAGUCAUUCUGGUCUGAUUGCCUUCCCGUAGUUCUUCACUAGCAGACGUUGUCUUUGGAAAUCGAUCAAGAAGCCCUGUUUCAAGCGGUCUGAAAGGCGAGGCCAGGAUGGAGGUGACAGCUUGCGUUUUGAAAGUCCAAGAAGCCAUCACUGCAGAUAGAUUUUUGUGAUCGCUAUGAAUCAAACAAUACGAUCGCAGGGUUUGACUGAUGCGCAUAGGAAAGGCGAGGUAGUAGAGGCCCAGAACACCACCAUGUUCAAGCGAAAACGAAG